AUGAGAUACAGCUGGCAGUAUCCCUCCCUCCUCCUCGUCGGCGAGAUUGUCGCAGCGCAGCGUGUCCUCCAAGGCAACGUGCAGCACUUUGAGAGCCUCACCGCCGGGCCCUGGCAGCCACUCCUCUCCCUCGGCUUCGGCACGCCGCCGCAGGAAAUUACCGGCAUCUUCGACUCGGGCUCUUCCGACACCAUCAUCCCGCUGGCCGGGUCUCCUCUCUGCCAGGUGCCCAACCAGCAGUGCACGGAGCCGGCGCCCGAAGUCCGGGAUGGGCUUGACGUCCAAGUUCGGGGCGAGUUUGACAUUAACCAGGCGGCGGAUGUCGAGCAGCUGCCCGGCGAAACUUUCAACGCCACCUUUUCCGGCGGAGACGGAUUUGACGGCGAGUACAUCAAGACGACGGUCACCAUCGGGACGGACGGCCAGGGUCAGGUGCCGGGGGCGCAGGUCGCGCUGGCGUCGGGCGGUCAGCCGGCCGGCGACUUUCCGCAGUUUUCCAUCUACGGUGUUGGUCCGCGCGAGAACGAGGCCACGGACCAGAAGUACGACAACUUGCCGCAGGUGAUGAAGGAUGCAGGCGUCAUCAAGGGCAACUCCUACAGCGUCGUCCUGAACCCGACUCCCCUGGCCAACGGAAGCGUCUUCUUCGGCGGUAUCGAUCGAUCCCAGUUUAGCGGCGAGCUGCAGCAGGUCGCCCUCGACCCGGACAACGAGGGGAAAAUUCUCGACUUUGUCGUCAAGAUGAGCUCCAUCCGGCUGGACAUGAGCGGCGGCAACAAGAACAAUAACCAGACGGCCAAGGUCACCAAGGACCAACAGCGCGCGCGCAUGCGCCUCAAGCGCUCCAUCUACCGCCGCGCGUCGACGAGAGGAAGGGGCAAGGCCGGGGGCACGUACGGCGGCCGCCAGGCGGUGCGUGUGUCGAGCACCCGCCGGGGCAGCCACAAUAGCAACGGCGGCAACGGCGGCAACGGCAACAGUAGUAAUGGUGGCAACGGAAACGGAGGCAACGGAGGCAAUUGUAACAACAACAACAAUAACAACGGUAACGGCAACGGCAACGGCAGGAAGAACGGCAAAAAUGGCAAUGGCGAUAAUGACAACGGCAACAAUGGCAACGGCAACAAUGGCAACGGCAACAACGGCAACAACGGCAACAAUGGCAACGGCAACAAUGGCAACGGCACUGACAACAAUGGCAAUGGCCUCAUCAACCUCGGCCUCAAAGAAGACGAGGGCUUCACCCUCUUCGACACGGGCGGCGUCGACCUGACGCUCCCCGCCGGCGUGCUCAAGAGAAUGGCCCAGGCCCUCGACGCCGAUUUUAGCAAGCAGGACGGCAUCGGCCCCGUCGAGUGCAGCAAGCUCAACGCCGACAACAAGCUCGUCAUGGGCUUCAACGACGACAGCGUCCAGGUCUCGCUCGCCCUCGACAAGAUCCGCGUGUCCGAAGACCAGGCCAACCCCGCCCUCGCGCGCGAGGGCCUGUGCGAGGUCGGCGCCUCCGCCGUGCCCCCGGAUGAUAACCUCAGCAUCAUGGGCUUCCCCUUCUACACGGACGUGUACACUGUGUUUGACUUGGAGAACAACAGCCUGUGGUUCGCGCAGGCCAAGGGCGACCCCAGCGCUCCGGGUGAGCAGUUGGAGGAGUUUCCGUAG